AUGACGGGUUCAAUAGGCUCAAGCCUGCUCGUUGCGGGUUUGUAUUCAACCUUCGUAUUAGGAUCGGGGCCUCAACCACAUGCGUACGGUCAGGAACAGAUCCCAUUGAAUGAUUUCCAAUAUCAGGAAGCAUGCCCUGAUUAUACGCAAUACUCGGCAUAUCCUCACCGUCCCCUCAGCGAUGGACCUCUUGCUCUACCCUUCCAGAGACCGGAUCCGCGAUGUCGAACCUUUCACUCGGACGCCAUUGAACAAGUCAUACAGGAUGUGACUUCACGUAUGAAGGACCCAGACCUUGCGCGCCUCUUUGAGAACGCCUUUCCUUCCACCACAGACACGACCGUGAAGUUCCACACGACCGGAUCCCAACCCACCAAAAAGAAGCCGAAGAGACACGCAUACGACGAAGGAAAGUGGGAGGGUACACAUUCAUUUAUCAUCACUGGAGAUAUUAUUGCCGAAUGGCUUAGGGACUCGACCAACCAGCUUUCCCCUUAUCAACCUUUGGCAAAGAAGGAUCCCGCAGUAUAUAACUUGAUCCUAGGCGCUAUCAAUACCCAAUCCGAAUACGUCAUCGAGUCCCCGUAUUGCAAUGCCUUCCAACCACCACCCAUAAGUGGGUUACCUGUGUCUCAUAAUGGACAAGACGAUGUUGUCCAUCCUGUCUAUGAGCCUUCGUCUGUCUUCGAAUGCAAAUACGAAUUAGACUCCCUCGCUCAUUUCCUUGCUUUGGGAAAUGACUUCAAUGAUCAUACGGGAUCUAAGGAGUUCUUGACGCCGCGCUGGUAUCUAGCGUUAGAAACUCUGUUGAAUGUUCUUGAGCAACAGUCGAUGUCGACGUUCGAUCCGGAAACAGGUCGAUAUAGACGGAACGAGUACACUUUCAACCGUAACACGAACACGGGAACGGAGACUCUCAGUCUUAAGGGUGUAGGGAAUCCUCUCAACAACGGUACUGGCCUCGUCCGCUCCGCGUUCAGACCAAGUGAUGAUGCAACUAUCCUAGGUUUCUUCAUUCCAGCUAAUGCAAUGAUGGCUGUAGAGCUGAAGAGGACAGCUGCUAUUCUCCAGGAUGCUGGGAAGAAUGUUCUGGCUCAAACUGUCGAGUCAUGGAGCCAAACCAUUACCAAUGGUGUUUGGGAGCAUGGCAUUGUUCGUCAUAGCACAUUUGGCAAUGUUUUUGCCUACGAAGUGGACGGAUACGGGUCAUCCAUUCUAAUGGACGAUGCGAACUACCCGUCUCUUCUAGCUCUACCACUUAUGGGAUUCUUAUCGCCAGAUGACAAAACUUACCAAAACACGCGGCGCAUGCUGCUUUCGAAAUCAUCAAACCCUUACUAUCUCACCGGGAGAGAAUUUCAGGGUAUUGGAGGUCCCCAUAUUGGCCUCUCAAACGCAUGGCCUAUGAGUCUUCUUAUCCAAGCUCAGACAUCUAACGAUGACGAAGAAAUAACCGAGUGCCUAAAACUAGUUCUCAAGUCGAGCAAACUAGGUUUAAUACAUGAAAGUGUUGAUGUCAAUCUAAUUCAUUCUUAUACAAGAAGCUGGUUUGCUUGGGCGAACGGAGUCUUCGCAGAAACGAUACUCGAUAUUGCCAAGAGGAAACCACACUUGAUUUUCAAGGAACCUGCAACGCCUUAUGAGAUAUGA